GCGCUUUUAAUUGCAAAUUGAUUUUAGUCUCAGAAAAGAAGUGAAGUUGGGCGGAGUUUCUUUGUUACUGGACAUGCCUGGCUAGUUGCUCUUUAAAGUAUAUAAAGCUAGAAAUUGAUGUUUCUUGAUUCAGUGUACUUCUUUUAAUUGCCAGGAAUCUUCUGUUACACUUCAAAUUCAAUAAAGUACGAAAUUCGAUCGAAAUGAGCGGCAAGAUCUUGUUGCAGUUUAGUUUGGCAUUGUUGGUGUUGGCAAUUCUCUUGCAAGAAGAAGUUCAAGCGAAGAAAGUGAUAAUUCACGUACCAUAUCGUGUAAAAAAUGUGAAACAUACGCACACAAUUUUCAAAAUUAUUCCACAUCAAGAGAAAAAAACUAACAGUCACAGUUAUCUAGGAGGAGGAGGAGGAAAUUAUUGAAAUAAAAAAAAAAAACAAGAAAAUUGGAAAAUUAGUCAAAUUAAAUUUCUCACAAUUUAUUGAAACGAAUCCAAAGAUAGUGAGCACCUCGUACAAAUCAAAGUUGUUAUUUUUUUUGUAAUAUUGUGUAUCACUGCUGUGUUAAUAUAAAUAUGUGUAUAGAAAAUUGUUUAAAAAAUAUGUACAAUAAAUUAAAAAAUCUUAGAAAAAUGUAUUUCAAUAAAUCAUUAUUGUAAAGCACUUUAA